AGGUCCAGCAGCGCAGUCCGCAUUGGAGACUAUCCCCAUAGCAUCCUCUCUGUUUGUAGCUACGUUAGCUCUGUCAUUAAGUUAGUGGACCAGCCUCCACACAGCCUGCAGGACGCACAAAAGCAGUGGAGGUCUGUCAUUUUUUUUUAUGCGACAAAGAUUAAAAGGGCAGCAGAUGAACUAAGGUUUAUUUCAGGUGGAAGAUAUAAUUGGAGAUGUGUAAUAAACUGCAUUGGACACUUAGGACCUACCUGGCUUCCAGCCUAUCAACUGACAGCUGUCACCGCACCUAGCUGCUGAGCUAGCUUUGUGCUAACGGCUAACAAGUGUUUUUUUCGGGCUAAAUUAGCCAGCCAGUGCUACUCUCGCUUCAGAGAGGAAAAUAGCUGACUUCCGCAUGGACGUUAUAUCGUAUUAUUUUCUCAACAGAAUUUGACUCCGCCUGCUGUUUAAACCAUGAGUUAGCUAAGGUGCGUCGGACCGCAGUGUUUGGAAUAUUUAAGGUCCAGCUAAGUAAGCUAGCAUUUAGCCUCGAAGCUAGCUUUCAUUCAAUUUUUGAAAAACUGCUUACGCGUUAACACCAGCACAACAGCGCACCGGGACUGCUUCAAUCCAAACUGUUGUUACGAUACUAAUACAUUUUGGAUUUGCUUUGAAUAACCUCUGGGGGGGAAAUGAAGAAAUUCUUUGACUCUCGUCGGGAGUUGGUGAGCUCCGGGCCUGGAUCUGGAGCCGGUGGAGGAGGCGCUGGAUCCGGCGGCGGAGACAGCUUCAUCGGACGGGUCUUCACCAUUGGACGGUAUCAGGUGACCGUGGAGGAAAUUAUCGCAGAAGGAGGUUUUGCCAUCGUUUUUCUGGUGCGGACUCAUCAAGGCGUACGUUGUGCACUCAAACGGAUGUAUGUCAACAAUGACAAUGAUCUGCAAGUCUGUCAACUUGAGAUUCAGAUCAUGAGGGACCUAGUGGGCAACAAAAACAUAGUUGGUUUCCUGGACUCCAGUAUUACAGCAGUUGGAGCUGGCGAUGUUUGGGAAGUCCUAAUCUUAAUGGACUUCUGUCGAGGUGGGCAGGUGGUUAACCUAAUGAACCAGCGGCUGCAGACGGGCUUCACUGAGGCCGAGGUGCUUCAGAUCUUUUGUGACACGUGCGAGGCGCUCGCUCGUCUCCACCAGUGCAAUACUCCAAUCGUCCAUCGAGAUCUUAAGGUGGAAAAUAUCCUUCUGCACGACCGGGGACAUUAUGUGCUCUGUGAUUUUGGAAGUGCCACCAACCGCUUUCAAAACCCUCAGACAGAGGGGGUGCCAGUGGUGGAGGAGGAAAUCAAAAAGUACACUACUCUGUCAUACCGCGCUCCAGAGAUGGUCAACCUCUACGCUGGAAUGAUUAUCACUACAAAGGCUGACAUUUGGGCCAUGGGUUGUCUACUCUACAAGCUGUGCUACUUCACGGUUCCUUUCGGGGAGAGCCAGGUGGCUAUCUGUGAUGGAAGUUUCACUAUUCCAGACAACUCCCGCUAUUCCCAGGACAUGCACUGUCUCAUCAGAUACAUGCUGGAACCUGACUCAGAUAAGAGACCAGACAUCUACCAAAUAUCCUACUUUGCCUUUAAACUGGCUAGACGAGAGUGUCCAGUCCCAAAUGUACAUAAUUCCCCGAUUCCCGCAAAACUUCCCGAGCCCAUCAGAGCCAGUGACGCAGUGGCCAAAAAGAGUCAUAUCAAAGCCAGGCUCUCAGACCCCACUCCUACCUUGGAAACCUCAAUCGCACCUCGCCAACGACCCAAAGCUGGCCAGGCUCAACCUCAGCCGAUAUCAUGCAUCCUCCCCAUCCAGCCAGCUCUCACCCCCCGCAAGAGACCCAAUGUGGCCUCUGGAGCCCCCCAGGCCAUAGGUGUUGGUAUCAAUGUCCCUCCUCCAGCUGCAGCCGCUGUCCAAGCAGCUCAACAGACUCCUGCAUCCCCUCAGACCCCUCCGACCGCCAACAUGCAGCCGCAGGCGACCCCUCAGCACCAGCAGCUCCUCAUGAAGCAACAGCAAGCCGCCGCCUUCCUGAGUCCACAGAGCAACCAGCAGCAUCACCUGGCGCAGAGCGUCCAGCAGCACGCAGCGUCUCAGGCGUUCACCCUGCUGCGGUCCAAAGCUCAGCCUGUUCCUCCUGUUAUUGCCCUGCAACACCAGCAGCAGCAACAUGUAGCUCCUGUCCAUGAACCCACAGCUUCUCAUCUGACCCCGAUCCCAGAGUCUGCAGCGGUUGGUCCCUCAGCGGACCCAGAGACGGCCGGCCGGUUGAUUCACAAAGUCGGCUCCCUGACACCCCCCUCGUCGCCAAAGAUGGCCCCUAAGAGCGGCCACCGACGCAUAUUGAGCGAUGUCACUCACAGCGCAGUGUUCGGGGUCCCAGUCAGCAAGUCCACCCAGCUCCUGCAGGCGGCCGCAGCUGAGGCCAGCCUCAACAAGUCCAAAUCAGCCAGCACGACUCCCUCCGGCUCCCCCUGCUCGUCCCAGCAGAGCGUCUAUCAUCCAGGUGAUUCUGACGCCAAAUCCGCCCCAACUGCAGCCAACAAUCAGCCCAGCUGGAACCCCUUUGGGGACGAUAACUUCUCCAAGCUCACAGCAGAGGAGCUGCUCAACAAAGACUUUGCAAAGCUAGCCGAGACUGCUGCGCCAGGAGAGAAGGUCACGGGCUCCAAUGAAAAUCUCAUAUCCGGGAUCAAUGCUUUUCCUGCUGAAAGACCGUCAGACAUCAUGAGUGCAGGUUCAGCGGUGUUGACAGCCCCGGACCCUUUUAAUCCCCUCUCUGACACCGCAGAGAAGCUGAUUGAGGGUCUGAAGUCCCCUGAAUCUUCUCUGCUGCUCGCCGACCUCCUAACUCCAGCCAACCCCUUCAAUAGUUAUUCAGAGAGCUCCAGCCAUGUGAACUCAGAGAUGUGUGUGGAUUCACUGAUUCCCGGGUUGGAAGCCCCCCAGCGACACUCGGGCCAGCCUGAGCUCAUCCCCGCCAGCAUAACAGACUCUCUCACUGGGGAGGACUCUCUGCUGGGCUGUGAUCUGUUCUCUCGUGCUACUCUUCAUGGAAACCAGUGUGUUUCUGCUCUCCCACCCUCCUCCUCCUCCUCCUCCUCCUCAGCUCCUCCUGGAUCCUGUCUGGAGGAGCUGCCGGCUGCUCAGACAGCUUCUGACUCUACUUUCCUCAUGUCGUGUGGGGAGAAGGGCAAUGACGACGAGUUUGACCCUAUUCCUGUGCUCAUCUCCAAAAACUCAAACCAAGAUGUUCCAGGUGAGAGUAAUGGCUACUCUGUGCUUGGGGAGGGACAGGAGACUGAACCUCGAGAUUUUGAAGCAAACCAGGUCUGUGAGCACUCCAGCGAUGAUGAAGAGGAAGAGGAGGAGGAGGAAGAAGAAGAAGCCCAUGAAGAAGAGCAGCAGGAUGAGGAAGCCGUUGAGAAUGACACAGCAGCUCUGGACUGCAGCGGCUCCAGACCUCUGCUGAUGGACUCGGAGGACGAAGAAGAACCCGGUUUAGCCCUCAGCUCGUCGCCGGACCCCAGCGCUGCACCAACACAACCACCUACCUUCCACCAACCUCCUCCGAGCACAUUCGUUCAGAAUCAUGUACACGAGCCAGCGAAAGGGGCUGCUGCCGAUGUUUUCUCCAAAGCCCCUUUUCCCAUCACGCAAGAUGAAUCGGCCGAUGUGUUCGCCAACGCUCCGUUUCCAUGCGCCUACGUUGCGGCUACGCAGCCGUUCGAUGUGUUUGCUCAGGCUCCGUUUGGGAAGAGAAAGGAGGCCGCAGGGUCUCUGCCCUCGUUCCCUCAUGCUGUGACCCCCGACCCAGGAGCGCUGGGACAAGUUGCCCAACAGCCUUUCCGCCCACAAGCUCUGGCCAAAUAUUCCCGACACUUUGAGGGACCCGCGCCCCAGCUGCCAGUAGCAGCUCAGCGCAUCGCUUCGAACGCGGCCUCAGUGCCUGCUGGACCUCUUCACUCAUGGACCUCAGAAGUGGGCGCUGUGGACCCUUUCAUCUCGGCCCCCUUUCACUUCAAGGCCCCGCAAGAAAAACCCUAAAUGCACACUCAGAGGUCAGGGCACUCAUCACUGAAUUAUGCAAACUGUAUCAGGCGUACUGCAUGCUGUCACCAGCGCUGCAGCUGGACUGCAGGCAUGCAUGGGUCUCACUCUUAACUGGCUCUGAUUAGUGAUGGCGCUUCUUUACACUUGAAUGCUCUGAAAACUGACAUCAUCACAUGACUCCUACUCACUUUAUAUUCCUCCUGACAUGUUCUUUUGUCCUUAUUCCUUUUGGUACGUACAUCUACACAUGGUGGUAAAGCAUUUGAUUGUUUUCUUGCCUACCUCAGUUACUUUUUUGUGUCAGCGUUGAAACACCACACAGAGAGGGGGUUUGUAGUCUGUCUGCGCCUUGGGUUUCAUUUCCUGUGCGUUUGAGCUUCACUGUGAAACUAUGAUGUGAUAACGCCUCAUUCCUCCAUAGCUCUCAGAAAUGUGUGAUUUAGCUUGAAUCAAAUGAUCAUACCGUCACAGAAGCUCGGAAGAGGACAAGAUGUGAAGAUGGAAUUUAUAUCAAAUGUGUAAACAACAUGAAAAUGAUGCCCUCAAGCCAUGAGUUGUGGGCUUUAUGCCUGACAGUGUAUGAGGCAGGUGCUGGAUAAUGAUGCAUAGACGGAUAACAUUUGUUGAUAUGAAAUGUUGUUUUUUCAUUUGAUUCCAAAAUGGUGUCGUGUAUUAUGUUUGUGGUCUUUGUCGUGUCUUAUGAAAGUGGAAUAUCAGAGUUUCUCCAUGUGUGUUAUCGUACAAACCUUGUUUAAACGUUAGGCAUAGAAAAUACAUAAUAGUAGUUCCUAUGUUAGAUCAGACUCACUUUCUUGGUUUCUACUCAUUCUACAAGAUAAAGCCUUACACUCUUACAGUACGUCCCUCCGACCGCGUCAAACAGCAUUCAUCACUUUUGCCUUUGGUGCCCUCCUUAAAAAAAAUGCUGCAUUGACAUCAUUUACCAAAUACCUGGCAUACAGUCAUGUACAUCUCUCUUUUGCUGUCUGCAGUAUGAUAAUGCAUCUCUAUCAAAGGUCCUAUAAACUCCAAAUGUGUACCAACAGGGAUUUAUCAACAACUGAAGAGCAACGUUUACAGAGAAAUGCUUUCCUGCAGUCACACACAUAUCUACAGCACUUAUGAUUUGCAUUUCCAGUCAGGGAUUGUAUUAGUAGUAUCUUGUGAGAUCUUGAAUGGUGACUGACUGAUGACAUUCCAUCUUAUUUCCGUCGACAUUUAGGGAUGUGUUAUUGUCUCUGUAAAAUCAUUGAACACUUCAUGGGUUUCCACCAUGGCACUUUUUUUAGAAAGGGGAUCCAACCUGUUUCAGCCCAAAGUGUAAUUCAUGUAUUCCUCUGUUGCAAUGUCAAAUCCUGUAUUCUUUUUCUUUUUGAAGUGUACAAUCUUUUUGUUAUAAUUGCUCACUUUUCUCACCCACCUUGUAUACAUGAAGGUUGCACAUAGAACCUGACACAGAGUCAGUGUUCCCUAAGAAUGUGUUUUGAUUGUAACACAGCUGUAAAAUGUAUUACAACCCGUGUAGUAUAGGAGGAUUCAACAACUGACGAUACUGUUGGACAUCGAAAGCACUCUAAAUACUUGUUAUACUGCACAGCCUGCCUUUGAAAACUAUGUUGUAUGUCAUAAAAAAACUAUUAAAUGAAUGUAAAUCUA